UGAUCAAACACACACACCGAGAGCUGGAGGAAUCAAAGACACCGACUACACGGUCCUCCGUUACCGCUGGAGCAGCACCACCAAUCCCGCAGCACGCCUCCAGCUCUCUGUUUAUCAAACCACGCAAACAAUAGCGGUUGGAAAGGAUCGAGAGGAAUAUAUUACCCUCUUAACAGAACAAUGAACGCGGGCUGAUUUCUCAGGGGCAGACAAGCUGUUUGAGGCUACAUGGGUUCAAGGAAAUAGGAACUACAGCGAGGCCUCCUGCUGACCCUUCUCCAGUUGGGUCUGGAGCGCAGUGGCGUGCGGCCGAGAGGACUUCUGAAAGAUGAAGUCCAGUCUGAAACAGUGGCGGCGGCUCGCCCUCGGCCUCAUGCUGGUCUGGGUGCUGGUGUUCCUUGCGCUCCUCUCCUACUUCAUGGAGUCACGAGUGGAUGACCCGCACUCGGCGGCCGCCCUCUCCUACACGGACACGCGCCGCCUGACCUCGCUGCAGGGCAACCCUCGCACCAUAAUGGCCACCCAUUUGGGGCUUGCCACUUCCUCCACCCCCUCCGCCUCCAGCAACACCCAACAGGAACAAAGCCAGGAGGAAAACCCCAGUGCCGACCCCCAGCCCAGUCCGCUUAGCCAGGAGGCCUACCCCUAUCCCGACCUUCAGAGCCUGGCAGCCUGGUCUGCAUUCGGCACCCAAGAUGUAGGCUCCAGAUCGGCCGCAGUGAGUCGCAACCGCGAGAGACAAGAGUAUAACCAGGAUUCACCUCAACAGGAUGAGGAAGAGGACGAGGAAGAGGUGGUGGGAGGGGAAGAGGAAGAUGAGGAGGAGGGAGACGACGGCAGGAGGAGGACGACUAGACGGGUGGCUAGGCGUGAUGACUCUGAUCCGGAUGAGUACUAUGUUCCCAGGUCGAAAUCCAUAGUGCACGGUUUGUGGAAAGGGAGUUUGUCCGUGGGCAUGCUCACUCCUCGUUUGCAGAGGGCUGUGAAAGACUACCUGAAUAAUAACAAACAUGGCGUGGCCUACAGGGGGCACCGAAAAGCGCAACAGAGUGGCAAGCAGGUGUUGUGUGAACUGAAGAAGGGGGAAAAGGUUCGAACUUUGGAUGGGGCUGAGAUGCCUUUCUCCAAUUUAGGCUGGCAGAAGAUUGUACCUACCUUACCUUUAAGCCAGCUGUACAGGCCAGGCUUCCAGACUUGCGCUGUGGUCACCUCUGCCGGAGCCAUGCUUCACUCGGGACUUGGCAAGGAAAUUGACUCCCAUGAUGCAGUGCUGCGUUUUAAUACAGCUCCUACCCAGGGUUAUGAAAGAGACGUUGGGAAUAAAACCACCGUACGCAUCAUCAACUCUCAGAUCCUGGCGAAUCCCAAGCAUCAUUUCAACACAAGCUCAUUGUAUAAGAAUGUAACACUGGUGGCGUGGGAUCCUGCUCCAUAUACCCUCAACCUGCACAAAUGGUACUCAAAUCCAGACUACAACCUGUUUACUCCAUAUAUGGAGCAUAGGAUGCACUUCCCCGCUCAGCCUUUCUACAUUCUGCACCCGAAAUACAUCUGGCAGUUAUGGGACGUGAUUCAGGGUAACAAUCUGGAGAACAUCCAGCCUAACCCGCCCUCCUCAGGGUUCAUAGGAAUCCUGCUGAUGAUGUCCUUAUGUGAAGAGGUUCACGUCUACGAGUACAUUCCUUCACUGCGACAGACGGACCUGUGCCACUACCACGAACGCUACUACGACGCCGCCUGCACUUUGGGUGCGUACCACCCGCUGCUCUACGAGAAGAUGCUCAUCCAGCGCGUGAACGUCGGCUCCGAGGACGACCUCAAAAGGAAAGGCAAGGUCACGCUCCCCGGAUUCAAGAACGUCCACUGUGAGCCCUGAACAGAAAGAUGCAAUAACGGCCUUUGUAAAGCAAAAGACAUCUGCAGACUAACACAGGACUGCACUGAGAACCAACCUUGUUGUUGUUGUACAGACUAUAGAUGGUGUUCUGCGGGACAAAACCUGCUGUAGUUCACUCAAAAAUGCAUUUCCUGAGCCUAAGCUUAAAUAAAGAUGGUCAGAACAGCAAUAGACACGUCGUGAGAAAAGCUUUUUAGAUCUGUGGAUAUUCGUGUGGUGAUAAAGCCAUCAAAAAACAGUAUUUGGUUUAUUACUUUUAUUGUUUUUAAUGAAACUGUUUUUCACAGGGUUGAAAGUAUUAGAAGUCAUGAACACUGAAAGCUACACUGGUUUCACACAUCGGUUUUAGCACAAAGGCCAGAAUUAUUCUCGGACUAAAAAUGAGCUUUAUUAAUCUGUCCAUAGACUUUGUUUUUCAAAUACUGACAGAUUUAAAGCUUCUCGCCAUACUGAUUGUUUUUUUUGUAAAUUAGGUGUCGUUUUCUGCUGUAAUAUACAUUGUGCCACAUUCACAAGCCUCUUUGAGAAUACUUUGCUCUUCCAGAACGUCUCGCUGAACUGUGGCAAAUGAAAUAAUAGGGUUUUUUUUCUUAAAAGUACCUGUUAUUAAAAUCGGCUUAAAGGAGCUUUUGAAUGUCACCAUGGUUUAUUUGAUUCUCCUCUAGCCGUUUUAUACUUUAAAAAGCCUGUCAAGACAGGUGGUUUACAGAAAAUAGUUAUUGUUGAAUAAGGGUUUGAUUGCUUGUACUAUGGACUCAAUGCAGCAUCUUAUUUGGGACUUUAAGGCUGCUGGCAAUAUAACAAGUACAGUCGUGAGGUUUUUAAUGUCUCGUAGCCCCUAAAAUCAAGAGGUUUUCUUGACUUUGGCUGGAGUCGUCUUUAAAAGCGAAUGAAUUACUAGUGCAUCUUUGCGUCGUCUCCUCUUAAAUGUACAGUUAGCGAUUCACUUUGUGGUCUGACUUUUCUAACGGAGGGAAAACUUGAAGGUUUGUUAUUUACUCGUGUGCAUUGUUUCAAUGUGUGCCAUUUUAAUUAAGACAGAACACUUUAGCAAGCGGAUUUUUCUGGUGAGGAGAACUAACGUCUGUUUUAAUCGCUGUUGUGUAUUGUAGAAGUAAAACUAGUAAUUGAUGAUUUCACUCAGGAGCUCACCAUACUCUCACCAGGGUGGAAUAUUUCAUCUUCCUUCUAGUCCUACGAUAGGCUGAGAUGUGUAAAGCUAAUAUUUGACCUUUACUCUGUCCUGUUUCCCCAUGUUGGGGGAUUGUAGAUGUAGAGAAACAAAAGAGUGACCUUUUUUGUUUUACUGUGGAAUACAAAAUUAGGUUUGGAUGUACAAAUUUCAUGACUGGUUUAGAGCAGCUGAACCUGCAGUGUGUCGUCUUUUCAAUAUGACUCGAUGUUGGGCUGGCCGUGGUUGUCGGACAUGUGACCAGUCGCAUUUGCCUCGCAUUUGCCUGAUAGUUGGAUGAUUAAAUUGGACUUUUCAAACACGUUUUAGUAACGGGUAGUGAAAAGAAAAUGACUCUAUGGAGAGCAUAUGCAUUAGCAACCGUUCAAACAUUUGGGGUCAUUACAUUUGCUCAAACAUACAGUAAAAACACUAAUAUUUAGGGGCCAAGCACCGAAGUAAUCGUUAGAAUUCUUAUUAUUCCUCUGUUUCUUCUGCUCGAGUCUAUGGGCGCCCAUAGAACCGCUUGCGAGAAAGUUAUGAAAUUUGGCACACUGAUGGAGGACAGCCUCAAUAUUAACCACAGCAAGUUUGGAGUCUCUAACUCAAACUCUGUAGCGCCACCACUUGUCCAAAAUUUCACUCAUUUAUGCUAAUAACGCUAAUAACGCUUUUUUCGCUAUUUUUAAUAGUUAGAAAAACCUACUUUUUCAAACUAGUCCUAGACGGUUUGUCUGAUUUUCAGCUAAAUUGGCUCAGAUCACCUUCAGACCAUGCUGGAAAAAAGUUUUGGAAUUCAAGUUGAUUAGCCAAACUGUUCUCGAAUAACAUGUAACCGAAUUCAACAAAUAGCAUGCAAAAAUAGAUAUAAGGCUAGAUCUCAACGGUUUGGUGUAUUUAGACCAAACUUGGUGUGACUUUAGGCUACCUGCACAGUUUUGGAGCAGUGCCACCUAGUGGUCAGGAGAUAUGACAAAUGGCUUUUUUUUGCUUAAAUAACUUUUGAAUGGUUUGGUCAAAAAUCACAACAGAGUUGAAUGAUACCUAAUUUUCCUAUGCCAGCCAUUUUGGGCAUUGGCUAUUUAGAAUUUUAACGUAAAAUGCAAUAUUUUAUGAACUCGUUGCCAUAUCAUUAUGAAACUUGGUAUGUGUUUUCGGUAUCAUGCCCUGAUGCUACUCCAAAUUUUAGGGAGGUGCCACCUUGUGGCCAGAAGUUGAAAUUUCAAAAAAUGCUAAUAACAUUUGAUUAAAUUGGCCUAUUGUGAUGAAACCUCAAUAUAUUUCUUGGGUCAUCCUAAGAACAUUGAUACCAAUUAUGCCAAAAUUGUCCAAACUUCCUGUCCGCCACUUUGAUUUAAUGUUCAAAACCUACUUUUUCUAACUCCUCCAGACCGUUGGUCUGAUUUUUACUAAAUUAGACUCUGAUCAUCUUCAGACCAUGCUGGCAAAAAGUUGUGGAUUUCGUGUCAGUAUACAAAACGGUUAUCAUUUAACGCAUCAACAAAUUUGCUUGAAUGAUGCCAAACUGCGUCUGAGGCUGUAUCUCUGCAAAGCUUUGACACAAUGACACCAAGCUUUACAUGUGCCAUUGUCACCUCACACUGACCAAGUCACAUCAUUUUGGUAACACUGCCGCCUGGUCAAAAGUGAUAAGCCAUUAUCAAAAUAUUUCUUGGUUAAUACCGAGAACAUGGAUACCAAUUGUGCUGUAGUUGUCCGAACUUCCUUUUUUGAAAACCUCCUUUUUUAAACUCGUCCUAGACGGUUCAUCCGAUUUUCACCAAAAUCAAAUAAGAUCAUCUUCAGACUGUGCUGACACAAAGUUAUGGAUUUUGUGUUGAUUAGACGAAACCAUUAGCAACGCAACAAAUUUGAGCCAUGAUGCCAAAUUGACUCUGAGGCUGUAUCUCUGUAAAGCUUUGAUGUAAUGACACCAAACUUUGUGUGUCAUUGUCACCUCACACUGAACGCACCAUAUCAAUUUGAUAACAGUGCCACAUAUUGGUCAAAAGUGAUAACCCCAUUAAAUCAUAUUACUGGCGGUUUUUAUGAUUUUUUUUUUUUUUUUUUUUUUUUUUCACCCAUUUGGACUAAAAUCAUCUUAAAAUGGCUUCAAUUACUCAUUGCUUCAGUUUCUCUGUUUGCUUGCCUAGUGCUUGGCCCCUUAAUUUCUGCUUGCAGCUAUAUUGUAAAAUAUCAUUGCAAUUUAAAAUACCUGUUUUCUAUUUUAAUGUUUUAAAAUGUAAUUUAUUCCUGCAUUUCGGAAGGAUUACUCCUCCAGAAAUCAUUCUAAUAUACUUUUAUCAAUAUUGAAAGGAGUUAUUUUAUUAGUUUUUUUUUUUUUUUUUUUUAUCUGGGAUUCUUUGAAUUGAAAAGAGCAGCUUUUAUGUCAAAUGGAAAUCUUGUGACAUUAUGCACAUAUUUACUGUCUCUUUUAAUAUUUAAUAAAAACCAGACCCUGAAAUUUUGAACGGUAAUGAACACUAACCUUCAGGCCAUGGCCCUGCCUGACACUUGUUUAAUCAAUGUGGCCAGUUGGUCAUGUGACCUCUGGAAGGACUAAAACUCUGCCUUCUGCUUUCUCUUUAGUCUUUUGUCUCAUUUUACGAUCAGAGGCAGAGCCGUUUGUCCUUCCUCUGUGAAUGUCUUUUUUCCUAAGCCUUUAACAAGAGGUGUUUUAGUGGCACAAACCCAGUCCCUGUUGCUCACUGAAGGAGACAAGGAGACUGGAGAUGUGGCCGUUUUGAGUAUUAUUUUAAGUGUUUACUGUAAAUUGUUUGUUUUUUAAUGUCAUGGGGUGGUUUGACUACUUUUGGGGAGUGGGUGGGGGUUGUACAUUACGGUAAACAGAGCAUGUGUCGGAAAGCAGGGCUUGUUAAUAUUCAUGGUAAAUACAUUUGCAGUUCUAGAAACGGUAGGAUUUAGCCUCUAAUGGGAAAUGUGAGCUGGGUCUCUAGGUUUAGGUUUGUUUUGAGCAUACAGUCUUUGUUAAAGCAAAGUGGAAAUGCAGGUGAUUUCACUGGCGAACUUCAAUGCUGUGUCGUAGAUGUGCACAGUACAAAUGAAGAGGACUGUGCCAAAUGUGCUGUUCUUGUAAGUGUGUGUGAGAGAGAGAAAAAAUGUUUGAAUGGUACUAUAUUUGUGGUGCUGUGUAUCUGUGCCAACGUUUCUUUCUGCGUUUUUAAAAUGUACUUUCCUUUCACUUCUAUACAUUUCCUUUUCUUCUAUACCUUUCCUCUUUUGAAAUUACCUAUUAAAUGUUAAAAUAAACCUUUUUUUUUCUUUUUGUAAUUCUGCACCACAACCUUUUUUUUUUUUUUUUUUUUUUUUUUGUCAUUAAUGUUAUCUGUGAAAGUCUUGAUCUUUAGACUGUAAAUAUCUGCAAUCGUCUAUUACAGGCCAGUUCACUUUCAAAAGCCAUGGGAUGUUUUAUAAUGGGAAGUAUUUCUUCAUAUGUUAAUACCCAUUUGGCAUUUGAAUUCAUUUUUCAACCACUAAAUGUUUGUGUAUUCUUUUGACCAUUGUUUCGAUAAUAAAACCUUGACCUUUACUUGA